GAGAGAGAGAGAGAGAGAGAGAGAGAGAGAGAGAGAGAGAGCGCAGUGGUCAGACGGGCCGCGCUGGCUGAAAAGUUCAGCUCCCACCGCAGGGCGCACGAGCUGCUCGAAUCCACCGCUUAUCGUUUUCCUGCGUGGGGGAGACGCCGCGUGCGCGCUGGCUCAACAUAAAUACAGCCGCACGAGCGCUCUCCGAGGAUCCGGUGCCAUUGAGACGUUAGAGAAGAUCCAGACUGAACCUGCUACGGAUUUACACCGCACGAGAGAUAUACACCCUCACUCCCAGCGGAACGACGAUAAACAGCGCCGGACAUGAAGAUGCAGCCCUAACACAACUGACCACUGCCUGAGCUAAAGGCUACUCAGAUGCGUCUGUCACUUCUCUGCGUUUCCUGACCUGUCAGCACACUUCCGUCUUCCUGGGACAGAUUAAAAUAUAUAUAUAAUGUGGAUCUACUGACUCGGAACGAGGAGAAAAGCUGCAGAACCUUCAGGAGCAUCCGAGAAGCGUUUUCUGGUGACCACAGCGCGGAGCUUUCUGCACCAUGCAACGCGUCCUGCACCCUCAGGUGUUUUCUAUCUGGAUUACACUAAUCUCUGGGGCCAUGGCUGAGUUGACGUGCGAAGCCCUGCUCCUGAUGUCCACCAACCUCACAGCUCGGAGUUUGAUACUGUGGAAUCAGACAUCCAGUUCAAGCAAUUCCACAGGUUUGUUCUGUAAUAUAUCGAUAGACGGCAUUGGGACGUGUUGGCCCAGGAGCAGUGCGGGUGAAGUGGUAGCACGGCCCUGUCCCGAGACCUUCCUGGGGGUCCGCUACAACACCACCAAUAAUGUCUACAGAGAAUGCCUCGCCAAUGGAACUUGGGCAAAGAAAGGGAACUACUCCCAGUGUCAGGAAAUACUCAAUGAAGAGAAAAAAAGCAAGCUGCACUACCAUAUCGCAGUGAUCAUAAACUACCUGGGCCACUGCAUUUCUCUGGGAGCCCUGCUGGUCGCCUUCAUUCUUUUCAUGAGGCUCAGGAGCAUUCGGUGCCUGCGGAACAUCAUUCAUUGGAAUCUGAUAACAGCCUUUAUCCUCCGCAAUGCCACCUGGUUUGUAGUGCAGCUAACCAUGAACCCAGAGGUGCACGAGAGCAAUGUGAUCUGGUGUAGACUGGUCACUGCAGCGUAUAAUUACUUCCAUGUGACCAACUUUUUCUGGAUGUUUGGUGAGGGUUGCUAUCUGCACACAGCCAUCGUGCUGACCUACUCAACUGAUAAGCUGAGGAAGUGGAUGUUCAUUUGCAUCGGCUGGUGUAUUCCAUUUCCUAUUAUUGUUGCAUGGGCCAUUGGUAAGCUGUACUAUGACAAUGAAAAGUGCUGGUUUGGGAAGCGAGCGGGUGUUUAUACUGACUACAUCUACCAAGGCCCCAUGAUACUGGUCCUUCUGAUCAAUUUCAUUUUUCUUUUCAACAUUGUGAGAAUCCUAAUGACAAAGCUGAGGGCCUCUACCACUUCAGAGACCAUUCAGUACAGAAAAGCAGUGAAGGCCACUCUGGUGCUGCUGCCACUGCUAGGCAUCACCUACAUGCUGUUCUUUGUGAACCCUGGAGAGGAUGAGAUCUCCCAGAUUGUUUUCAUCUAUUUUAACUCUUUCCUCGAGUCCUUCCAGGGCUUUUUUGUGUCUGUGUUUUAUUGCUUCCUGAACAGUGAAGUACGGUCAGCAGUUCGGAAGCGCUGGCACCGCUGGCAGGACAAGCACUCCAUUCGAGCGAGGGUGGCCCGGGCCAUGUCCAUCCCCACCUCUCCCACUCGGGUCAGCUUCCACAGCAUCAAACAGUCAUCCGCAGUUUGAUCUCAACUGAUCUUGACCACCAAAUCUUUACUUUUACUGCACACCCCAACCUCUCCAACUCUCACUAACUACAGCCAGCCCUCCACUCCCUCAAGCAAACCCAGGGAACAGCUGCGGUCCAAACAGGGUAUGAGGCCUUCAACUAAAUAAUGCCUCCAAAUGGGGUGCCAGUAUACAAAGAGUUAAAGGCUCACCUGGCAGGACAGUGAAGAGAACGGACAGAUGAGUGGAAGCAGACGUGGAGCAGAGCCACUCUCUGAUCAUGUGAGAGGGUUGGACUCAAUCAUACUGUGCAGAAUAAAGGACAGAGAUGCCAGGCUCCAAAACAAACACUAUGGUGGAGUCUGUCAGGUAGACAUGAUCAAAGUUUAAUUUCAUUUUCUUUUCCCCUAGUCUGCUUUCCUGAGCGUAUACGUUUUUCUCAGUGGGGGACUUUUCGCUGCUGGCUCGGCUUCACUGGCAGACCUGUUGGAUCAGGGUAAUGAAGCGCGGGAGCUUCGAUCAGAAACGUGUCAAAUUAUAUGGCCAACAUGAACGGCUACUUUCCAAACAAACCACCCAUGCUGAUAUCAAUAGUAGACUCUUGUUGUUGUCCAUCUGGGUUAAAUCUUUUGCUGUUAUUGGAGUACUCCCUAAAUAUGAUGUCACCAUAGGUACAUAUCCGACAGCUAUAUGAACCACCUUUCAAAUACAAAACUAUUACUGCUUUUGAAAACUACUGCCCCUUAGCAUUUGGACUGAUUUCACAUUUGUAGACAAACAUGCAGACAACACUGCCAGCUUCAGUUUUGAGGUUUAGUCAAUCAGUUAUCAGACAGACUGGGCAAGGAAGUGUUGCAUGAGCUUAUCCUCAAAUUGUAUAAAAAAAAAAGUUUAUACAAUUCAAUUAAGCAAUCUGGAAAGAAGAGAUUAGCUGAGACAGUUGGAACUACACUAACACACAGACUGUCAUAGUGUUUGUGCAGUUCUUCAUUCAUAAGCAUUCAUAAAUGUAUCAUUCAAGGUUUUCACAGAUGACAACCAAUAUAUUAUCUUCAAAAGACAGAGCUCAAAUUAAGUUUAAGUGCUGAGGUUUCAACAGAAGUCAACAAAUAUGUAAUCUCAUGGAGGCAGUUGUGAUGUUAUAAUGAGAAUGUCUGGGGAUAACUACGUAAAACUGAUUUAAAUGUGGAUGGAAGCAUAGACUCCAUUUGCAUCAGAAAAUCAGUUGCAUUAGUUUGUGAUAGCAUUUCACUAGCUAGCUUGUGCUUUUGUAGGAUUGUAAUCUGGAUGUUAAAAGACCAGGAACUCAGAAGUGAGGUUUUAGAGGGGCGUACUCCUGCUUGGACUUCACCACAAUCCAGCACCAAAGGUUUGACAGGUUCUUGUUCUAAGAUCACAUCUCGCCUGCUAGACUAACAAAGAUUCUGCACCAUUGUCCACUAUUGUGUGUCUACAAACAUGUAAUCAGUCCUUUGACUCAUCACUUACUCGUUAUGACCGAGGUGUUCCCAAAGUCUCAUCUUUUGGGCAUCCUGUGUUUGAUCAUCAACCUAAGCAUACUGCUACAUAAUCCAUAAAGCUAAGCAGACCAUACAGACAUACCACUUUCAGAGACUUGACUUAUGCCAGUUAUAUAAUUAAUCAGAAAAGUAUUUAUCCUAUUGGAGUGCCCAGUAUUUAUUUUAUUGAAGAGGAAAUGGCCAUCUGUAUUUUCCAAAUAGGGAAAUGUAGGCCUUUCUUAUUUCAAAACUAGCUCUACCUAUCUUUCUUCUCUCUGUUAUCCAGGCCAGCCCAGCCCUGUGACUUCACAACCUAUUUGAGCACCCUAGGGACGAGAGCAGAGAGAAGCUUUGACAUCAAUAAAACGCUUUUCCACCUGGUUAGGUGAAGGUUUCUAAGGCACAUUCAAAAAAGCAGAAAGACAGGCUUCAACACAAUAAAAAGCUUAUUGUACAAAACAAAAAAGUGAAGGAUUCCAUUCCAUACCCUUUUAAGAAGCUCAGACUGAAUGUAUUCAGUAAACAGCCAGCUUCCAGUUUAGCUGCACUUUCAUUAUACAAAUUCUCAAAUUACCAGCAAGCUAACAGGAUGAACACAAAAUAGCGAGAAACAAGGCUAGGCAAAGACAUAGUAUGUUGGAUAUGGGGACAAGGCUCCCUCAACAAUAAUCAAACCACACAGAGAGAAGUGGGCAGUUUUGAGUCUAAACAGAUUUUCUCACUGUGUAACAGCCUUAAAAACCAUCGCAUUGUGUAUAUGAACUGAAACAUUUGGAUAUUUAACACCUGCAAUUUGUGCAAGCAGACAGCACAAGUGUCAGUUACUGUGGACAGAAGAACAAUCAUCAUAUUAAUUGUGGAUUUCUGGAUCACCUUCUCCAUGUGUUUUUUUUCCCAUUUUUUUACUAUAUUAAGGUAAGAUGCAGAGAUGUACAAAAUGGCUCCAGAUUACAUUUGGCCUUCUACAGUAAUUUAGGCUGGCUUCACAUGAUAGCACUUACAUGCAGCUUCAGUUGCAUGAAACUUAAAAAGUACGUAUCCCGAAACUCAUCUGACACUCAGCCAUAAGAGUUGCAAGCAGUUCAACUUCAUGAAACAAGUUUUGUGAAAAACAGCCAAUCAAAACUGACAGAACCCACAUGCUCAUGUCAAUCGAUAUUUCAAGCUCCAAGUUCCCCAAAGUAAUGGAUAACAAAAGCAUACUGAGCAACUUAAAAUUAGAUCCUCCUGACUGCUGUUACACGGUUUACUAGGUCUGUAGUUUGUGUCAGUUCAUUGAGCCAUGACCACAAACAAUUUUCUUGAAGCUAACGUAUCUGUAACCAGCUGGCUUCACUUAUUGUCAUCUACUGAGCUACAUUAUUCCUUUUCUCCUCUCUUGAUGUCUGGUUGUACACAGAGCAUUCCUUUGAGAAUCAAUGGAUGCAAUUACUAGAAGAGAGCUAUAAACAUUACAUAAACAUUCAUUUUAAAACGCUUAACAUACAAAGAACACAUGAAAAAUAUAUAAUAAAGAACCACAGAUAGACGCAUAGAUAAACAAUAUAUGUACAUGUAGUUAAAGAAAAAGGAAGGGCAAUGGCAAAUGGCAAAAUUAUACAAAGAAGAUAAAAAUGCUGCAAACGUGCAAACAUAAAUAACGCACCGCAGAUGAAUUUGUUUAGCAAGAAUGAUGUAACUUAUUAAAAAUAACAAGCUGCUAAUAUACUCGACUAGCAGAGUAAUUGAAUGUAUAGCUUGCAUCCUCUUUUUUAACUGCUUCAUGUAACUGUCAAUUGCACAGAAAUGAUGUUGCAUGAAACUCACAACAUGGAAGUUUCAUCAUGUAAAUCCAGCCCUAGGACCAGUUUUGCCUUCCUAAUCCACAAUAGUCAAACCUUUGUAAUAGAACUGUAAAGGCAAAGGCACAAGGCUUCUAAACCCAAAGCUGCAUCCCCGAUAAGGUCAUUGAAAGAGGUUUAGUUUGAAUGUGCAAUCAAACAAGACAUGGUGAAACGCGUUGUAAAUGAAUGUACUACAUAUACAAAUAGUUAAACAGUGCUUGAGCAGCAUAUCUACGUGACAUCUCUAUGAACAUAUAGGUCUUUAGAAUUUCCCACUAUGACAAACAUAUCUAUGAUAGCAUACAUACUGAAGUAUUUGCUAAAGCUAACAAAACUCUUGCUGUUUCCAGUUACAUUUCCAGAAAAACCAACAGCCACUGCUUCAUGUUUCAGCUCAGUAGUCUAGCCCAGGCUUGUCCAAUCUUAUCCACAAAGGGAUGGUGUGGCUGUAGGGUUUCACUCCAACAAUGCAGGAGCAUACAUCAUCAGUUGUUUGAAGACCAACUUAGACCAAAUGAUUUAAGGAGUAUAAUCAGGGGUGCUUCAACUUGUUUGGAAUGAAAACUUGCCACAUCAGCCAUUUGCAGAAAAGACUGGACACCCCUUGUCUGUCCUGUCCACAGUGCUAAAAGUUCAACAACAGACUUCAAUUUAGCCUCUCUCUAAUUGGUUGGACAAAGCAGUAAAAAUAUAGCAAAUGUUCUUUCAGCACUUUCAUGGCCACUGUCCCAUUCCGCAAAGCUCACUAACCAUCAGCCCAGUGUUUGGACACACAUUGUACACAUUUGCUACUUUCCAAAAUGGUUGUUCUUUGCCAGAAAAGAGCAAAAUGAACUGAACAGAGUCAGUCGAUAAAAACAGUGUUCAAAAUAGCAAUAUGAAGCUGUGUUAACUUUCCACCUGAACAAAAAUGAAGACAAUGGACGAUAAAGCAAUGGAACUGACCGUAGCUUACUCUAAACCUGAUAUGGACAACAACCUUUAAAUUCUGCAAAUCCUGAGCUUCCCCAGAAGUAGGGACCCAUUGAUACCAAUACUGAUAUCAGCUAUUAGUCUGAUACUGUGCUCAUUUACUCGUACUCGACCUCAUGAGCCACCGAUACUCACGAUUGACAUCAGCUGAUACGUCAAAUAAGCCGAGUGAACACUGCUGCGCUGAUGAACAAAUGACUCAGACUGGCAGUGAAUGAGGGUCUGCUUACACAAAGUUACUGACUCCAUGGUGGUUGGACACAAAGCUGUCGGUAACUUUAAACAUUCCACUUUGACAAAUUCCCACAAGGAAUACACAGCGUGAUUUUAGCCCGUUUUUAAACACACAACACACUUUUAAACAACCUCAACCACUUUCCAAUAUAGGUGGAGAGGUAUAAAGGUUAAUACAGUGAUUUUUAAACUGUCUUUGUAAAAUAGGCUACAGACAAUGCCCAAUUGGUUAGCCGAGCUGCCGAGUGUGUUUGCUCCGUACUUGGGGUGCAGCAUGUUAUAUUAAAUGAAACCGCUUUUUUGGUAAUUGUCCAUAGACAAAGCUGUCUGGAGAGGCUGCAUUUCACGUAACAUGGACCUUGUGAGUCACCAAAGAACAAUAUUUCUAAAAUUGUACAGUGUAAGUCUGGCUUAAGUUAGCCAGUUAACUACAGGUCAACCAGCCAAAAAGACCUCAACACAAAAAGUGAGCCCCACAGAUGUAACUCCUGCUGUCACUGUGCUACAGAGACCGCUGUUGACACAGAUGAGGAGCAAGGGCCAAACUUAUGAAACACACUGCUGUACAGAAGUACUUUUCUGAUGUGGAACUAAACUCGCCCUUCGCCACUGCAACCUUCUCAAUCAAGGAUAAUUAUUAUAGCACAGCUAGCUAAUGCAUGUCAUUGAACUCAAUCAGCUAGAAUUUAAUUAUUUAACUGUUAAGGUACACUGCACUCAUUCGCACUAAUAACUACAACUCGAAGUAUGUAGUUCAUUAUGGUAUCAGACUAUCAGCGAAUACUAAAACGUACUCAAACUCAUACUCAUACUCUGUCUGGGGGGGAGGGGGGAUAGAUAAAUAAAUAAAUAAAUAAAUAAAUAAAUAAAAAGGUAUCAAUACAGCCCUACCCAGAAGCAAGAAGCAAUGUAAAAUGGUAAAGAGCGCUCUUUCACUCUUUCAAAUGAAUGUCAUAACACAACUACGAUGCUCUUAGGAAACAAGCCCUUGACUGCAACCACAAAAGUUAGGCCAUCCCGUCCAAUUUCUGUGUCCGUGCUAAUUUUAUUUCUACAGAAGCUCUGACAGAUUUUGAUUGGUGCUUACAUUUCUCUGCCAACGCUAUUCGUCCUUGCAAAUGGAGUAACUCGCAAAGUAUAUGUCCCCUGCACUAGCAAGCUAUCAGUCUGAUUCACCACUUCCAAGCAGAAAUCUGCCUGGAAUGGGCUGAGAUAAGUUGAGUUUCAUAGACCAACAUAACUGGUCAUAAAUGUUAUGUCCAUGCAAUACCUGAGCCACUAUUGAUCAAAGCCUGUGACUGCUUAUUGCUAAAUACUUUAAACUGACUACAUUAACUCUAGUUAAAUCUAGUCAUUGUGACGCACACAGUCAACUGUGGCCAUUACAGAUGAAGAAAAGCACUGAAGAAAUGCUGACAUACGACCUAAAGCUGUGCUACUACUCCCCUAGAAUUCUAAUGUGCUUUGUUUAGGUGAACAUGCUUAGAAUGUGCACUGUGCUAUGGAUUGAACUAGACCCCGAAACAUCCUACUCCAAUAUAGCAACCUGCCAUGUUCAUUGUGUAAUCUGGCAACACUAAGGUAGACUUGUAGAAAAUUGUAGUAAUUACCCCACUGAUAUGUACAUUUUGUCACCAAUAGUAAUUUUAGGGGUUAAAAUUUGACAAUAUAAUUGA